CCAAAUUCGGCCGCAAUCUGUAUCGUUUCAAUAGUGUAACUGUGUUUUGCAAAAGCAAAAUAAUGAAAUUAUCUUACUUUGUUUAGCAGUACAGGGAGGCAGAACUUUCGUUACUUUACCUUCCAAGACCGUGCAUUCUAUUUAUACUAUUCAACCAUGCAUCGUCUAAUGACGUUUAUUUAUUUUUAACACUAUAGUAAUUUUUUAAAUUGUCAAACUGUAAACUGAAUGCAGUCAAUAAAAUUAUUCAAGUGAAUCUAUAUUGCCUUCUUGCUCUUACGAACGAAAUUGUUAUAUCUGUAACUUCAGGAACACAAGUUUCCAAAUUUCUCAUUUUGAUUAUAAAAUAUAUAAACUUUCAGGUUUUAUAGAGAACUCAUGUUAUAGUUCAAACAAUAUGAGUUCAACUAAUUCUGAUGAUUCAAAUGCCGAAAAAUCAUUUGAUUGGAAUAAAUAUCUUAUAGUAAGAAAUGCAGAAAAAGUACCAGAAGAAUUUUUUCAUCAUGUUUGUAAAAGUGAACUAAAUGGAAUUGAAGUGGGUUCAGUUGUUGAAAUUGAAAAUGAAGAUCAGAAUGGUUAUUGGUUUGCUAGUGUUUGUUCAUCUAAGGGGGUUUUAAUCAAUCUGCAUUAUUUUGGUGAUGAGAAUGAUAAACAUGAUUUUUGGUUAGAAGUGAAGUCACCACGCAUUCAUUCUUUAAAUUGGGGCAGUGAAAAUAAUAAAAAAUUAGUGCCACCUUAUCCUAAUAGAUUUUCUCGGGUAAAUCUAAAAACCAUGAAAGAAAAAGUUCAGGAUUGUGAAAAUAUUGUGUCUAACUAUGUAUUACAAAUGAAUGGUGUUCCAAUUCAUAAUAUAUUUAAGCCUGAAAUGUUUGUAGAAGUUCAAGACAAAGAAUAUCCUUAUCGAGUUUGGAUUUCAAAAAUACUUAAAAAUGUUGGAGGAAGAUUAUUUUUAAAAAUGCAAGGAGUAUCAAGUCCAGAAAAAACACCAUUUUGGCUAUUUUAUUUGAAUGAACGUAUUUUUCCUUUGGGAUGGGCAGAACAGAAAGGUCUUCCGUGGAGAGUUAUGAACCUAGAUGUAAAGUUUGAAGAUAUUUUGGAUUCAAGUUUUUUAAUGAAUGUAUUAAAGCCUAAAACUCCAGAACAACACAGUUAUAAAGUCGGAGAAAUGCUAGAAGUAAUAAAUCCUUAUUCAUUGAUGGUUUUCUAUGUUGCUACAAUCGUUAAGAUUUAUGAUAAUCGCUACUUUAAAGUUGAGGUUGACAAUGACAGUAAUAUACAGAAAAGAAUUACAUUUAUAGCUACUAAGGAAAAUCCUUAUUUAUUUAAUGGAGGCUGGGCUAGUAAACAUAAGUUCUUACUAAAGCCUCCAUCUGAUUGGAACACAUCUAACACAUUUUGUUGGUCAAAAUAUAUUUCAAUGAAAAAUUCCAAAUUAGCUAAUAUCAAUAAUAUAUGCAGAAAAAAAACUGACUGUAUUCGUGUUGGCAUGAAAUUAGAAGCUGUUGAUCCUAUGGAAACUAAUCGUAUUCGUGUGGCUACAGUUAAAGGACUCUCAGAUCAUUGGAUGAUUUUGUCUUUUGAUCGUACUCAUUGGUGUGAUGAAUUAUUACAUGUGCGAUCAGUUUAUUCAGAUGAUGUUUUUCCAGUUGGUUGGUGUAAUAAACAUAAAUACUUAUUAAGUACACCAAAAGUUCCAUUUGCUGAUUGUGAUGAUUAUAAAAAUAUGUAUUAUGCAUCUGAUAUUGACAUUGAUUUUCAUCUAGUAGAUAAAGAUUAUUUAGAAAAAUAUCCUAAUUUUGUUAAAGGAGAAAUAUUUUAUCAUUAUAGUAAAAAAAAUAGUCAUCGUUUUGAAGAUAAAUUAGAAGAGUCAAUCCAAAAUAUAUUAAAUGAAGAUUGUGUUAAUAAUUCUAUUGUCUCAAAAACUGCAGACAAGAAACUAAACAAUAUUAAAGUAGAGCCACCUGAAUUAGAUGAAGAAUUACAUGAUGCAAUUUUACAAGAAGAAGUUGGAGAAAAAGAUGAUUUUGAAAAAAAGAAAAACUAUGGUUCAAAAAUGUGUAUAUACUUUAACAAAAAUUGUUAUUCUGGUAAAAAUCUCCUAAAAAAAAAAACUUUGAAAUUACCAAAAGUUAUUGGGCCGGGGCCUGUAUCAACAACUUUAAAGCAUGGAAUUUCAUUAUUAAUAAACUGUAAUUAUUAUCCUGGAACUGCAUUAAAGAAACUAAAAAAUAUUGAAAAUAUAUUGUUUAAUGGACCUGGUGGAGUCAACAUGUUAAUUACAUCCAAAGCAACAAAAUCUUAUUCUAAAUCCUCACAAAAUCUUCUUUUACCUGAUCUAAAGAAUAUGGCUCAAUCGUAUUGUUCUACUCUUUGUAGUUUAUCUGGUAUGUGUGAAAACUUUAUGACUACUGAACAAAUGGAAUGUCCUAACUGUAAAGUAAAAGACAAACUAUGUUCUAAAUUGAAUAUAGAUAAUAGAGAAACAAUGUCCAAUUGUAUGAAUGCUACUGAAAUAAAGAUUAAACCUUCUGUUUCUAUAAACUCGGACUAUCCGGAAAAACAUUUAACAUUUAAUGAUAAAACUGCUAAAAUUGGUUCUAAAUCUAAAACAAGAAGUAAAAAAACUACCAAAGGAAAAGGUAAAAGUUCUGUUUAUAAAAACUCUGGUUAUUCAGAGAUUAGUUUAUUUUUAAAUGAAGAAAUCCAUCCAGUCGAUUCAACACCAAAAUUAAAAAUAGAUACUGAGCCAAGUAGUACGAAAGUUACUAGAAAAAGAGCUAAACCUUCUGUUUCUUUCAAUUCAAACUCUUCUCAGAAUAAUUUAAUCCUAAAUGAAGAAAUCAGUCCAGUUGAAACUAAUCCAAGGAGUAUAAAAGUUGUUAGAAAAAGAACUAAAUCUGCUGCUUCUAUGGCUUCUAAGGACCAUUUUACCAUAAAUGAAAAAAUCGUCAAAACAUUUGAAACUGAUCCAAGUGCUAUCAAAGUGCCAAGAAAAAAAGCUAAACUUUCUGUUUCUUCAAACUCAUCAUCUUCUCAGAAUAAUUUAACUCUAAAUGAAGAAAUCCAACAAGUCGGUACAAAAACCAAUUUAAAAAUAGAUACUUUAGAAACUGAGCCAAAGAAUAAGAAAGUUUCUAGAAAAAAGGCUAAUCCUAUGGUUUCUAUUGACUCUGACUAUUCUGAGGACCAACUUACUUUAAAUGAAGAAAUCAUUAAAAUAUUUGAAACCAAGCCGAAUCCUUUACAAUUUACUAGAAAAAGAUCUUCAUCUGCUGCUGCUUUUUACUCUGACUGUCUGGAAAAGCGUUUUAUUAUAAAUGAAGAAAACCCUUAUUUAUUUGAUACUGUUGACACUGAGGAAAUUAGUAUGAAAAUUACUGAAGAAAAAGAUAAAUCUCCUAUUCCUAUUGACUCAGAAUGUACUGAAAAUUGGUUUAAUCCAAAUGUAAAAUUUAAUAAAAUAUUUAAAACCAAACCAAAGAGUAUGAAAGUUUCUAGAAGAAGAGCUGAAUCAAUUAUUUCCAUUGAUUCUGACAAUUCUGUAAAUGAAAAUGAAGAAUUAAAUAGAUUUGAAACUAAGCCAAGAUAUAUAAAAUAUGGUAUAAAAAGGGCUACAUCAUCUAUUUCUAUAGAUUCAGACUCUUCUGAUGAUCAGUUUCUUUUGAAUGACGAAAUCUAUAAAAUACUUGAAUCAAAGUCAAAUGGUGAAAAGUUUGAUAGAAAAAGAGCUAAUGCUGCUUUUUACUCUGACUAUUUUAAUAGUUAUUCAACUCUAAAUGAAAUUACUGAAUAUGAUUCAGAAUCAAAAUCUUGUAUAGAAAUUGCACCAAAUAGUAUGAAAUUUAUUAAUGUAGACUUAGAAAAUUGUGAAAGUCGUUUAACAUUAAAACAAGAAAUCACUAAAGUUGCUGUAGACGAAUUAGAUUGGUCAAAUACUCCAUUAGUUGAAAGAUAUUAUUAUUAUUUGGGCUGUAUAAUUAAUUAUGAAGCACAUAUGAUAAGAUUAGAUCGAAGUUAUACUGAACUUGAAAUAUCCAUUAUAUCUGAAAUUCAAUCAAAAAAAAGUUAUCUUAGUAUGUUAGAUGAAAUUGAUACUUACAGCAACACUAAAUCAGAUAUUGAUAGAAGUGACCAAGAAAUUAUAAUUUACAAUGAAUGGAGAUUAACGUUUGAGAACCACUAUCGCCAAGAUCUAAGAUUUAAAAAGUAUAAAGUUGAUAUUGGUCAUUUUGAAACAAUAAGAGUCACAUCAAAUCCUAAAUAUUGGUCUCCUAAUGAUGUCUACCAUUAUUUGUCAAGUGAUUUGUAUUGUAUAAAUAUUGCCAGAAAGCUCUAUUUAGAAAAAUUUGACGGUGUAGCAUUUAUGUUAAUAAAUGAAGAACAACUUCUAAAACACUUAAGGUGUAAAAUAAAUUUAGCAAUAAGAAUUAUGUGUCAUGUAGCUGAAGUUAAAUAUACAUGUUUAACAAAAUACUGUAAUAUUUGAAAUAUUCAGAUUUUCUAAAUAUACCGUUAAUACUACUAAAAU